CAACAAUAGCAACAAUAGCAACAACAACAACAAGCGUACUCCGGUAAACGACAAGUUAUCCAAUCCAGAGCUUAAUCCUUCUGAUCCCGUCCCAGAGGCGGAGUCUGGGGAAAAUGGCAUCUCCGCUCCAGUACGCACAGCUUCCCAAAUAUGAGUAUCAAACAAUUGAAAGUCCAUAUAAUUAUCAGGCUUUUGACCGUUUUACUUCUAAAUUUUCAUAUUAUCCCAUCAAUUCUGCAUCAUCCGAUAAUCUGACGGCUAAGGAUCAGGACAACAACCCCAACCCCGUCGAGACUGAGGAAGCUCAAGCCGCAGCAAGUCCCCCAGGAGAUGAAUCAAGUAGCUCUCCAAAUGAUACUUCCACAGGAGAAGAAGCUUCCUCGGGAGCAACAACGCCCCCAGAUCCGGCAGAGGGACCUAAUGACGCUACCCCAGAAACGACAGAGGAAGAAGAAAAGCCUGCUGAGGAGGCUGCUGUAGAACCAGAAGCCGCCCCAGAAGCCGUUCCAGAAGCCGCCGCAGAAGCUGUUCCAGAAACCGUUCCAGAAGCUGCCCCAGAAGCCGCCCCAGAAGCCGCCCCAGAAGCCGUUCCAGAAGCCGCCGCAGAAGCUGUUCCAGAAGCCGCCGCAGAAGCUGUUCCAGAAACCGUUCCAGAAGCUGCCCCAGAAGCCGCCCCAGAAGCCGUUCCAGAAGCCGCCGCAGAAGCUGUUCCAGAAGCCGCCCCAGAAGCCGUUCCAGAAGCCGCCGCAGAAGCUGUUCCAGAAACCGUUCCAGAAGCUGCCCCAGAAGCUGCCCCAGAAGCCGUUCCAGAAUCUCCCCAGGAGGAGACUCCGGCUGGGGAGCCAGUUGAACAGCCGGAUCCCCCAGUUGCAGAAACCAGCGAGCCAACAGAGACCCUUGCCCCUGAACCUGUGGAGGAAAAAGCGCCUAUCACAGAUUCAUCCGAAGAAGGAAAGCCAGCUCCAGAGCCGUCUGAUGAGGAAUCAGCCGCAGAGCCCGCAGCUGAACCUGAAGCGGACACAGUCGAGGAAGGGGUGCCUUCUGCAGAGCUACAAGAAGAACCCCCCGCCCCUGGGCAGGAAGCGCCGGAGCAAUCAACCGAGGAUAAAGUUGAAGCAGCAGUGGACGUCCCAUCCACAGAGACGGCGGUGGAACAAGCAACAGAAUCUGCAGACUCGCCUGAAGAACCCGUGCCUGCUACAGAAUCCAAUGACGAAGGAAAGCCUGUCGAAGUUCCUAUCGAAGAAUCCAAGCCAGCCCCUGAACCAACUGACCAACCUGAGCCAACUGACCAACCUGAGCCAACCGACCACGCUGAGCCAACCGACCACGCUGAGCCAACCGACCACGCUGAGCCAACCGACCACGCUGAGCCAGCCGACCAAGCUGAGCAUACGUUGGAGGUGCCGGUCGAUACAGAGCCAACAGAAGUGACAGAACCUACGUCAGGGCCAGCUGACGAGGAGGAAUCGCCAGUAGAAGACGAGGUGAAUGAGCCUAUUCUGAAGCUAAGCGAGGAAGCAAACGAGGAGCCGGCACAUCCUACAGAACCUACUGAAGACGAGAAGCCUGUUUCUGCUGAUACGGCUGAAGAGGUAGAAACCCCCCCUGCGGAAGGAACCGAAGAGAUAGCAGUCACUGAGCCUAGUAAGGAGACUGAGAAGGCUGCCGUGGAAACUACUGAAGAGGAGAAGCCUGCUGUGGACUCUGAGGAGGAGGCGAAACCGCUAGAACCAAGCAAAGAACUAGAAACGCCCGCCAGCGAGCCAGAACAGCCCAGUACCGAAGCCGAGGUUGUAGAGGUUGCGGAAGCAUCUCCACCAGAACCAAGCCCAGAGCUCAAAGAUGACGCGAUUUUGGAAGAAGCUGAGCCCUCUAAUUCCAUGCCAGAGUUAGAGGGGCAAGAUGAUGCAGCAAAUGUGGAUGAGCAGCCCUCGGAUGAACGCUCCCAACCUGGUCAUGAAGACGAUUUUCCCGAAUGUGAUCCUUUGGCGGCAUCUGAUAAAGUCGAGGCCGAGAAAGAAGCUGCAGCACAAGCAGAAGAAGAGGAUGCUCAAAUAGAAGCCGAGGAUGCUUCUAGGCGAGCAGAGGUGUUAAUCGAGCUUGAUGACGAGGAUGACAAGCCGGGUGAUGUGGCAGAAGCUCCCAAGGAAAUAGAGCAAGAGAUAGCUGUUGACACUCAGCCCCCGAGCACGGACGAAACCAGCGAGCCUCUUCUGGAGACACCCACAGAGCCAAAAGAAGAGGACCCGCAAGAACAUGCCAUUGAAAGUGAAACCACCCCAGAGCCGGGCUCAGUAGAAGCACCAGCUCCGGAAGAUGGUGCCUCGGACGAUGCUCCAUCGGAUCUUCCACUCGAAACUCCCGCCCCCGAAGCAGAAGAAAAGGAAGAAUCUGUGCCACAGCCUCUAGAAGACACGGUAGCAGGUAGCGUGAAAGCUGAGGAAGAGCCUGCCGCCUCCGCGGCCGAACCAGCCGAAACUUCUUCAGAGGAACCAGCUGAGCCUGCCGGUGGAGCUUUGGUAGUUACCGAAACUCCUUCUGAAGAUACUACGACGGGUGGGGCCUCCGCAGACGAUGUACAUGAUGAAUUAGAACCCGCACCAGAAGAGGCUUCACAGAGCAACCUAACGCCAGAUGAACCCACCGCUGCAGAGACUGCCCCUGGUGGAGCUGACGAACAACCUUCAGCUCCCGUCGACGUAUCCGAACCUCAAGAGAGAGACCUUGCCCCAGUGGAAGACCUUGCCGAAGCAACAGAACCACCGCCACCAGAACAACUAGCCGGCGAAAGUCCUGCCGUAGAAGAUACUUUUGUGGGGGAAAUAGGCGUGGUGGACCCUCCGAGUGAACAAGCUCCCGUCGAUGAACGAGAACCAGAACCCAAGAUUUCAGCCGCUGCAGAGGCUCCCGAAGAGGCACCAGCCGCACAAGCGCAUCCGGAUGUACCACUUGUCAAAGAAGCACCGGGCGAAGCACUUCCGGUGGAAGAGGUACCUUCUGAGGAACCCGUUGUGGAAGAGCCCGCUGUGGAAGAGCCCGCUGUGGAAGAACCCGCUGUGGAAGAACCCGCUGUGGAAGAACCCGCUGUGGAAGAACCCGCUGUGGAAGAACCCGCUGUGGAAGAGCCUGCUGUUGAAGAGCCUGCUGUUGAAGAACCUGCUCCCGAGCCAGCAGCGCCCGUCGAGGAGCCAGCAAGGGAAAUUGAAUGUGUUGAACAUUCUGUUCCCCCUGAGCUUAUCGCCGAGGAGGCAGUCGUGCCCUCGGAUCCCCCAGCGAUAGGAGAGCCUCCUAACGAGCCCGACUCUCAAGAACCUCUCGGGGAAAAGGAACUUCCUUCAUUCGAUGCCCCCCCUGAUGGCGGUCUUGCACAUGCUGAAGCAGAGAAGCUCGCUCACGAAAUCCCGGCUGGUGAUCUAGCCACAGCGGGUGAGUCAGAGGGCGAUGUUCAAGAAAGAGGGUUGGAGGACGACUCGUUCGCCCCGGAUGAGGCCGGUCCGUUGGACCGUGGUAUCGACCCUUUGGCCCCUUCUGCUGUAGCCGUAGUAGGGGGUGCAGCUGCUCUAGCAGGUGGUGCAGCUGUACUAGGGCCGAGGAGAAAGAAGCGACGGUCUCAUGCCGAACCUGAUUACGAACGACGCCAUUCAAAGAGUUCCUCGGAAGGGCUCCGGCAGCAACCUCAGAAGACUGACCGAGGAAAGCUGACCCAGCGCUGGGUCAUGGCCCUGGAUGAAUCAAGAAGGCUGUACGAGGAAAAGCAAAAGAAGGAGCAAAGGCGCCAGCAACGAGCAGCGGAAGAGAAGGAACGCAUUUCAUCCGAAAGGGAACGAGACCGAGACCGAGACCGAGACCGAUCAAGACGGGCCGAUCGAGUUGAACGCUCGGAUAGCACUAGGGACAAGGACAGUAGACACAGCGGAUCAAAGCACCGGAGCUCAGGUAGCGACGGACGAGAGCAAGAGCGGAAACUGGACUCGUCUUCGAGACACUCCCACGGGUCAGCCUCCAGGUCUUCCAAACCUCGACAUUACCUCAAGUAUGAGCUACCUAAGGAAGAGGUUUCAAGCAACGGCCCUCUCCCCAAGGUCAAUGGCACCAAGGCGAGCGCGAAGAUUAUCGAGCCCCCACGUAGGCACUCAUCCACCAGCCACUCUCACAGCCAUCGCCAUUCCACAGAAGGAAGAGGAGAUGCCGAGAGAUCUAGCGGCUCCCGCCGGAAGGAAGAUCAUUCUCAAUCCGAAGCGAGAAAGAGUCGAAGGAGGACGGAAGAGGCCGUUGAUAUGCAGGACCGGAAGAGGAAUCAGGACAGCGAAGCGCUCCGAUCCAAAGAAGAGUCUGAUCACAGACGACACCAUCACCGCCGUCACCACCACCGACGAGAGCCAUCCCCUCCACCAAGUGGAGCUUCAAGACUCAGAGAUCUCAUCAAAGCAGUUAUCCCUGCUCACUGAUGCAGACUAUUAUUUUACUCUAUUUUUCGGCCUGUGCAUUAUCACCGUUUAUAUUUUCAUUGUCGUCUUUUCUUCAUCUGUGACAUGAUUUGAAAUUUCUGACAGCUGUCUGUCAGAGCUGCAUUGAUGAGCUGGGCAUUGAUAGCGGGAGCAUUGAUU